UUAUAAAAUACACUUUAUCAGAUUCAUAUCAGUAUCGGCAGAUAUCCAAAUUUAUGAUAUCUGUAUCGGACAUAAAAUGUGGUGUGCCAUCUUUGGUCUGUACGUAGCUUCAUCUGUAUGAGGGCAAAGAGCUGCACGCCAUCGACCCAGUCUGCGGCUCUUUUUCAAAGUCUGCAUUCAUUCGUAGCGAUGCAUGAAACAAAAUCACGUGCCCAAUACAAACUACGGUGACCGUUAAGUUACGUGCGAGCAACCUACGUUGAGCGUGUCACGUGAAACAAACGCAAACGGAGAAAGUAGCGUUACACUGAAGUCCAAAACAUUUUAGAUUCACAUCAAGUCUUUUUUAAAAAUCAUAGAGAUUGUAAUCGUGACUGUAUGUGUGGCGAUGUUCGCGCAUAGUUUUGCUGAGAUUGGCCCAAACGACAGACGUUGUACUUACAAACAUACUGAGAUCAAUAUAAUGAAAGAUUGUUUCAGAGUUCAAAUCCUCGUCUCUCCGCCCUCUCUGACGAAAAUGAAAGUGAAAGUGAGCAGCAAGCUAUCGAGGUCAGCGGAGAAACUGCAGAGAAAGAAAGAACAAACCGGACUCCUGGAUUUCACGUUUUUCUCGUCCGUCUCUUUAAGCAGCACAUCUCUGACUGUGUGAGGGAGAUUUCUCCGUGGAGCUACAGAAACACGAUGUAUCGACGGGUGAUAGGUCUGUGUCUCCUAACGCUGUUUAUAUGUCCCUGCACUGCUGCUCCCACUUCAACCAAUCUUGUGGUUACCACCACACCUCGUGUCACUGUGACUCGUGGCCGUGACGUCAUAUUGCCGUGCUGGCUCAGUCCACAGCAAAAUGCAGAGGACCUGGAGGUACGCUGGUACCGUACUAAUCGCUUUGACAGCCCGUUAAUGCACUACCAGUCAAAAACGUUCAAAUAUGAAGAAGCUGCCUAUGUUGGCCGAGUCUCAUUUGGACUCAAGGAUGCAGCGUCAGGCGGGCUGAAUUCAGGCGAUGUGAGCCUGAAGCUGCUCAACGUCACAACUGAGGAUGCAGGAGAAUAUGUUUGUUAUGUCAGCAGCAGCCAGGGUUAUGACAGUGCACCUGUUAAUCUACUUGUGACAGCUUCGGGAAGUCCCCCUUUUCUAUCAGUAGUGUGGGGAGAAGAUGACAAGGUGAACGUGAGCUGUGAAUCUGAAGGCUGGUAUCCACAGCCUGUGCUGCGCUGGUCAGACAAGAAGCAAGAUGUGAAACCUCAAAGUCUGGUGUACAAAAAUCUCUCUUCUGGACUUGUUUUAGUCCACAGCUGGCUUCUUCUUUCCUCCACCUCUGAGCCUUCCUGCUCAGUGGGUCUCUCUGAUAAAGAGGUAAAGGAGGCCAAAGUGAGCCUGGGAACUCUUCGUAAGACUGCUAAACCUGAGUCAGGGUCCUUGCCAGGUGGGUGGGAAGCCUUCGGAGUGCUUCUUGUAGCUGCAUUAGUGUUGGCUGCAUUCGGAGUAAUGUACUACAGAAAGAAAGUGAGGAACACCCAAUCAGGAACAGACCAAAUUGAUGGGAACGGCUUAAGUGAGACUCAAAAACUUUUACCAAGAGGAGUGGUGCAGCCAACAUCUAUUUCAGAAGCUAGAAAUCAUUAUGUAAAUGUUGAACUUGAGGACAAAAAGAACCAAUACCUCAAGGUUGCAGGCAACAAAGUGAGAGAGGCCAACCCAAAUGAUCUUCCUGAAAGGUGUUUUCCUGAUGGAGACAUGGUUACCUGUAUCACAGCUAUCAAAGGAACAUCUGCCUUCUCUUCUGGAAAACACUACUGGGAGGCUUCUAUGAGGAUAAACGAGAAGCUAGGCAUCAAACAGUCCUGGUGGGUAGGAGUUACAAGUGCAGCUGAAAUCCCCAAUAAUUCAUCCACAUCUUUUCCAAACACAUCUAAUGGUUUCUGGUUUCUGUCUUCGUCUCCCAAAAGAGCAAAUAGUUUUCAGUUUAGCACACAACCUGAGAUAUUAAUACCUCUCCAUUCAAGACCAGAGACGGUCGGUGUGUAUUUGGAUCGUGACAGUGGUGAGCUUUCAUUUUAUAAUGUGGAAGCGAAAACACUGAUUGGAUCUUUCACAGCUACAUUCAAAGGUGAAAUCUUUCCAUUAUUCAACCCUGGGAAAAGUGACAAAUCACCUAUGGAGAUAUUACACAGGGAAGUACAGAGUCAAACAGGUGAUGAAGGAAAUUGUGCAGGAUUCAGCUGAGAACAAGACUUAAACUUAAUAUUGCAAGUAAGGAAAACUGUACAAACAAGCUGAAACAUUUUCUUUGUUUUUAUGGGAAAAGUAUCGAAUGACCUCACAUUACUUUUAUACUGACUUACUGAGACAUUAAAUCCAUCAAUUUUGUCUGAUGUUCAGGUUAUUUAUACAGUUUAAGGAUAAAGCUCAAACUUUGGAGGUCAUAUUAACUCAAACUCCAUGGCUGCAGCAUCAUUUUAUGUAAAUACAAUUUAAACUAUGAAUUUCUUGCUUAUGGUUAAAAAAGUUAAUUAAUGUCUCUAUUAAAUCUUUGGGCAGGCAAACAAGUAAGAAAACAUUUAUGCUUUUAACACAUUUGAUUCCAAGUGGAGGCAAAAUAUGGUAAACAAAACGCGUGCUGCUGUGGAGGUUUAAUCAUCAAAUUUUGUAGCUAAUAUAAAACUAAAUGAAGAGACAUAAAUGUGUGCAAUUUAUUUUUAAUUUUUAAUCUGAAAUAAUUCCGAAGCUAAGUCAAAAAAGUGAAUCAAAUAUUUAGCAAGUACGAAUAAAAUAAGGUUAAAUGCAAGAAUUAAGAGCAAGAAUACAAAAAUAUAUAAAAAUGUGAGUCAAAAAUAAAAAUAAUGAUCUGAAAGAUAAAAGUAAUAAAUUCAUGCACACUAAUACAAAGAAAAAUUAAAUGAGGCGAGUAAACCAGAUAACCUAAGUGUUAUAGCUGGUUUGUAGUUCACAUGCCUGUCAGAUAUUGCCGAGCCAGAUUACGUAGGGCCUGAUAAAUUUGCAUAAUAUUUUAACAUCAGGUGUAAAAUUUAGAGGAAUGAGCUUGGUGCCUGUGUUACAGGCGCAUUUAUUCACCUUUUUUUGGUAAACUAAAACCAUGGCUGCUGUAAAAUUCUAUAGACAGGUAAUGGAAUAUUUCUGUUAGCAGUGUGUUACUGUGCUCCGGCCAGUGGUAAAGAUAGGGCAAACUUUCUUAUCAUCAUCCUGGGAAUAAAAGCUCCUUACCUUUGUGAUAUUCCCUAAAUGAUAAAAUCCUGGAAUGUGAGGUCACUGCCUUGCAUCUCCAACUUGUGUGAAACAACGGUUAAUAUUGUGUGUAAUGAUGAUGAUAGUACCAUAAAUUAUGAUUCUUGAUAAGCUAAUGCAGAUACCACAGGGUUAGCUUAUCAACAACUGAUCAUUGAUAGUUUAUCACUGUUAGAAACCAUAAAUACUACAAAAUAGUAAAAUACUACCAAAAAUAUUAAUACAAACAGAGAACACUACACAUCCAGCCAUCAGUAUCUGACAGUGUUUCAGUGAUUUGAAAUAUUUCUGUUAGCAGAGAUUAUUGUGGUUGUUGAUAAAGCUGACCCUGUGGUAACAAAGAAUACAAUAAUUGACCUAAAGCUGAUCCGGGAGAAUACCACAGAUCUGUAAAUAGUAGUUAGCAUCACUCAGUACCUUCUUAUACACGGUAAGCAGUGUCUGUGGCUUGGUUAGUCUUACAGUUGUUCUCAAACCCCUCUGAUCUUUGUGUGGAACCAAUGCUACGUUGUAUGUUGUGUGUUUUACUUUACGUCUGCCAAUACACUCCAUGUGUUACUUAUACUGUGAUUAGGACAUGUGUUGCUUGUGUAGUAGCUAUAAGAUUCGUUAGCAUCACAUGACCGUUUUUAAGGUUUUCUUUUUCGGUGUGGGGGUGAGGCUGUACUGAUGUGUUAGUUCACUUUCCAUUUUAAAUUUUGUGAUGUGGCACUAUUGUAGUGGUCUUUUGUAUUGUUUUCAAGUUCUGUAUGGUAUGCAUAUGUAACUAGAAUAACCUUUGAAAUACUUUGUGCAUUUUGUUUGAUAAUGUUGACAUUUUGCAUUACUACCUUUUUUUUUAAAUAAACAAAAUCGAUACAGGA